UCAAUGGCUCCGCUGCUAAAGCUCUUCUCAACUUCUCUGCUCACUGAAAUCCGUUCACCGCCUCUCAUCGACGAAUUGCCGGAGGGUAGUUUGGCUCGACACCGGUUGUUAUCCACUGCUAAAUGUUUUUCACUCAAAAACCUCGGAGUAUCAAAACAAUUAUACUAGGCGCAACUUCCACCAACCACGGAACCAGGAGGAGAAGGCAACAGGUCCAAGGGCCCGUGUGGUUCAGUUGGUAGAGCAUGGCGCUUGCAACGCCAGGGUUGUGAGUUCGAUUCCCAUGGGGGACCAGUAUGAAAAGGUAUGCACUCACUACUAGGAGGGAUAUUGAUGCCGCCUGCCAUCCAGCAUCCACCCGGAAGCGUAGUUGGCCGGUGAGCAGACCACUCCAUCAGGCUGAGCACUGCCAUUAGAGGAGGAGAGCACCGGUGAAGAUUGAAGGACACUCAAAAAGAGAGUCGAGACACUGAACGGUUAGCGCUAUACCAGAGAGGACUCUUUCAUAGUCGUCAUAUCUCUACGUAUUCCCCAUGUCUGGAACCGACUCCACAGUGGAAGACCUAUUAUACCCUGCCUGUGAUGGUUCAAAACCUCCUUCAUAACCACUAUCCUGCACCUCUCCUCGCCAUCAGUCAAAGGAGGUAACAAACAGGCGGCAACUUUGGGGAAUACUACAACUCCAAGAGACUACAACUCCAGUUGCCUAAUUCAGAGGGCAUUUCUCCAGUCCCAACGCCACUGGAAUACCACGCAUGUCCAUCGCCCAUAUGGGGGCUAAAACCACUCCAUUACCCACACUGACACCAUUCUGAGCCCUGUAUUGCCACAGUGUUUGGGGUGUCGUCAUCGGUGGCGCUGGAUUGAGCCAUAAUGGCUGGGAAGGGCAACCCGGUCCCGGGCCCACACCACAACGGCUUCCCCAUGCCCCACUACUCCUACUUCUUCCCCCACAUGCUGAGGGGGCUCUCUCCCCCCGGCCUGCCCCUGAGUAGCUACAGCAAGCCCUCGCCAGCCACGAUAGAGACACAGAGUACCAGCUCAGAGGAGAUAGUGCCAAGCCCGCCAUCGCCGCCUCCUCCCCCGAGGGUCUACAAGCCCUGCUUCGUGUGCCAGGACAAAUCCUCAGGAUACCACUAUGGAGUCAGUGCCUGCGAAGGUUGCAAGGGCUUCUUUCGGAGGAGCAUCCAGAAGAGCAUGGUGUACACAUGUCACCGGGAGAAGAACUGCAUCAUCAACAAGGUCACCAGGAACCGCUGCCAGUACUGCCGGCUGCAGAAAUGCUUGGAAGUGGGCAUGUCCAAGGAGUCUCCUCGCACCAGCUCCAAAGGCGGGAUGGUGUUGGGCCCCCAGCCGCCGCCCCCACCAUUGGAGACCGGGAGGGGACAGACUGGGGGGCCAGGGGCGGACAGGGCAGCUCCUCCGGCGGUGAGGAACGACCGGAACAAGAAGAAGAAGGAUGAGAAGAAGCAGGAGAGCACAGAGAGCUACGUGCUGAGCAUUGAGACGGAGCAGAUGAUCAACAGGGUCAGCAAGGCGCAUAAGGAGACCUUCCCUUCGCUCUGCCAGCUGGGCAAAUACACUACGAGUAACAGCUCGGAGAGGCGUGUGGCUCUGGACGUGGACCUGUGGGACAAGUUCAGUGAGCUGUCCACCAAGUGUAUCAUCAAGACGGUGGAGUUCGCCAAGCAGCUUCCUGGCUUCACCACGCUCACCAUCGCUGACCAGAUCACCCUGCUCAAGGCCGCCUGUCUGGACAUAUUGAUUCUGCGGAUCUGCACGCGCUACACGCCGGAGCAGGACACCAUGACGUUCUCUGAUGGCCUGACGCUAAACCGCACCCAGAUGCACAAUGCCGGCUUCGGACCGCUCACCGACCUGGUGUUCGCCUUCGCCAACCAGCUCCUCCCCCUGGAGAUGGAUGAUGCUGAGACGGGGCUGCUCAGCGCCAUCUGUCUGCUGUGUGGAGAUCGGCAGGACCUGGAGCAGGCAGACAAGGUGGACGUACUACAGGAGCCCUUACUGGAGGCUCUGAAGAUCUACGUGAGGAAGAGGAGGCCUCACAAACCACACAUGUUCCCAAAGAUGCUGAUGAAAAUCACCGACCUGAGGAGCAUUAGCGCCAAAGGAGCUGAGCGUGUCAUCACCCUGAAGAUGGAGAUCCCGGGCUCCAUGCCCCCUCUCAUCCAGGAGAUGCUGGAGAACUCUGAGGGUCUGGAGAGCGGGGCCACGGGCACCCGGACCAGCGGCGCCCCCCCAGGCAGCUGCAGCCCCAGCCUGUCCCCCAGCUCCGCCCAAAGCAGCCCCAGCCCCACCACACAGUCGCCGUAGCAAGCCCUCCUUUUUCCUCAUUCACUUCAAUCUCCCUGUGGUUUGGGGGGUCCUCGCUGGACACAGAGACCGGCGUGCUCUUCAAGUGUUCCUCCCCCCACGUAACACCCUCUCCUGCUCCUCCCCCUCAAAGACACUGUCUGGAAAAUGGCGUGAAGGUGGCGGCAGGAUUUCUCUGAAUGACCAUACUGUGGAACACUGCUGACAUCUCCUCCGUCCGUUGCCUCCUCCACACUCACCUCUCCCCACCUCUACCUGAACGACUGAGGGGAGGAACAGGAAGGAGCAGUCAGAGUUGUGAACACUGGUCCACUCAGAGAGGCUGGCGGGAAAUGGGGACAGACAAACGGACAGGACAAGCAGAGAGACUAACACCAGACACGUUUUGCAUUUCUCAGAGGAGGACUGCAGGCAUGGACUUGUCAAAGAAGACCACACAAAAAGACUGGGUCUUUCUACUUUUCCAACUUGGAAAAACAGAUUUCAUACAAAAGAUAUAUAAAUAUAUAUAGAAAAGUAAGGAACUAUUGUGAUUGACUUGUACAUGAUGGAAUAACAGGUUUGAGAAGGUUCAUUUUUGUUGAUUAAAUGCUCUUAUAUUCCU